GGGGCAGGUGGGGGCGGGCCCAGGUAGCAGGUUCGGCUGCGCGUGGGCUGCGAGUCGGAGGUAAAUACCAGGGCGGUGGGUUUGGGUCGCUGGCGCUGGUCUCGUACGCAGGCUACCGAGGCAGGGGAAGGAACGACGCCCCGCCGCCCGAGGCGUUUGCUCUCCUGGCGUUUUGCAGCAUGGACGUCAGCUUGCUGGGAACAGGCUCGGGGACUCUCAGAGGAGUUCUCUUCUGCGGUUUCACCACAAACGUCAUAGUUCCCUUUUUUCUGAGUUAAUAUUUUGGAGUUAAUGUCACAAUGAGUUCAGGCUUAUGGAGCCAAGAAAAAGCUGCUUCGCCCUACUGGGAAGAGCGGAUUUUUUACUUGCUUCUCCAAGAAUGCAGCGUCACAGACAAACAAACCCAGAAGCUCCUCAAAGUGCCCAAGGGGAGCAUAGGGCAGUACGUGCAAGACCGCGCCCUGGGCCACUCCCGGGGUCCUUCUGCCAAGAGCAAGAAAAGUCAGAUAGGAUUAAAGAUCCUGGAGCAGCCCCACGCAGUUCUCCUUGUGGAUGAAAAGGACGUGGUAGAAAUCAAUGAGAAAUUCACUGAGCUGCUCUUGGCGAUCACCAACUGCGAGGAGAGGCUGAGCCUGUUCAAAAACAGGAGCAGACUAAGCAAAGGCCUCCAGAUAGAUGUGGGCUGCCCUGUGAAGGUCCAGCUGCGCCCCGGGGAGGAGAAGUUCCGGGGGGUCGUGCGCUUCCGGGGGCCCUUGUUAGCGGAAAGGACAGUGUCGGGGAUAUUCUUUGGAGUGGAAUUGCUGGAAGAAGGUCGCGGCCAAGGCUUCACUGAUGGGGUGUAUCAAGGGAAGCAGCUGUUCCAGUGUGAAGAAGACUGUGGAGUGUUCGUUGCGCUGGACAAGCUGGAGAUCAUGGGAGAGGAGGGCGCGGGGCUGGAGAGUGACUAUGCAGGCCCGGGGGACGCGGCGACGGUGGAGCUGCCCCCUCUGGAAAUAAACUCCAGGGUGUCUCUGAAGCUCGGAGAGACGGUAGAAUCUGGAACAGUUAUAUUCUGCGAUGUUUUGCCAGGAAAGGAAAGUUUAGGCUAUUUUGUUGGUGUGGACAUGGAUAACCCCAUCGGCAACUGGGACGGCCGGUUUGACGGCGUGCAGCUCUGCAGCUUUGCAAGCGUUGAGAGUACGAUUCUCCUGCACAUCAACGACAUCAUCCAAGACAGCGUGACCCAGGAAAGGAGGCCUCCCAAGCUCGCCUUUGCCUCCAGAGGUAUUGGGGACAAAGGUUCGUCCAGUCACAAUAAACCAAAGGUUACAGGAUCUACCUCAGACCCUGGAAGUAGAAGCAGAUCUGAGUUAUAUUAUAACGUAAAUGGGUCUUCUGUUGACUCACAGCCGCAAUCCAAAUCAAAAAAUUCGUGGUACCUUGAUGAAGUUGCCGAAGACCCUGCAAAGUCGCUCACAGAGCUGUCUCCAGAUUUCGGACAAGCUUCGCCGCCCCCGCAGGCUCCAUCCGCGAACUCAUUGUCCAGCGAGAACAGAUUUCACUCUUUACCGUUCAGCCUGACAAAGACGCCCAGCACCAACGGGAGCAUCGGCCACAGCCCGCUCUCCCUGUCUGUCCAGUCUGUGAUGGGGGAGCUGAACAACGCCCCCGUCCAGGACAGCCCGCCCUUGGCCGCGUCGCCCGGGAGCUCGCACGGCCUGGAGGUGGGCUCGCUGGCUGAAGUCAAGGAGAACCCCCCUUUCUAUGGGGUGAUCCGCUGGAUCGGCCAGCCGCCGGGACUCAACGAAGUGCUGGCCGGGCUGGAACUGGAGGACGAAUGUGCUGGCUGCACGGACGGGACCUUCCGGGGCACCCGCUACUUCACCUGCGCCCUGAAGAAGGCGCUCUUCGUCAAACUGAAGAGCUGCCGGCCCGACUCGAGGUUCGCCUCCCUGCAGCCGGUUUCCAAUCAGAUCGAGCGCUGUAACUCGCUAGCCUUUGGAGGCUACUUAAGUGAAGUAGUGGAAGAAAAUACUCCACCAAAAAUGGAAAAAGAAGGUUUGGAGAUAAUGAUUGGAAAGAAGAAAGGUAUCCAGGGUCAUUACAACUCUUGUUACUUAGACUCGACCUUAUUCUGCUUGUUUGCUUUUAGUUCUGUUCUGGACACUGUGUUACUUCGACCCAAAGAAAAGAACGAUGUAGAAUAUUAUAGUGAGACUCAAGAGCUACUGAGGACAGAAAUCGUUAAUCCUCUGAGAAUAUACGGAUAUGUGUGUGCAACAAAGAUUAUGAAACUAAGGAAAAUACUUGAAAAAGUGAAGGCUGCAUCAGGAUUUACCUCUGAAGAAAAAGAUCCUGAAGAAUUCUUGAAUAUCUUGUUUCAUGAUAUUUUAAGGGUGGAACCGUUGUUAAAAAUAAGGUCAGAAGGUCAAAAAGUACAAGACUGUUACUUCUAUCAAAUUUUUAUUGGAAAAAAUGAGAAAGUUGGAGUUCCUACAAUUCAACAGUUGUUAGAAUGGUCUUUUAUCCACAGUAACCUGAAAUUUGCAGAGGCACCAUCAUGUCUGAUUAUUCAGAUGCCUCGGUUUGGAAAAGACUUUAAACUUUUUAAAAAAAUUUUUCCUUCCUUGGAAUUAAAUAUAACAGAUUUACUUGAAGACACCCCGCGGCAGUGCCGGAUCUGCGGAGGGCUGGCCGUGUACGAGUGCAGGGAAUGCUACGAGGACGCCGACAUCGCGGCAGGCAGCAUCAAGCAGUUCUGCAAGACCUGCAACACGCAGGUCCACCUUCAUCCCAAGAGGUUGAAUCAUCAGUAUAACCCGGUGUCGCUUCCCAAAGACCUGCCCGACUGGGACUGGAGGCACGGCUGCAUCCCCUGCCAGAAGAUGGAGCUCUUCGCUGUUCUGUGCAUAGAAACCAGCCACUACGUGGCCUUUGUGAAGUACGGCAAAGACGACUCCGCCUGGCUCUUCUUCGACAGCAUGGCCGAUCGGGACGGCGGCCAGAACGGCUUCAACAUCCCCCAGGUGACCCCGUGCCCGGAAGUCCGGGAGUACCUGAAAAUGUCCCCGGAAGACCUGCAUUCCUUGGACUCGAGGAGGAUCCAGGGCUGCGCAAGGAGGCUGCUCUGCGACGCGUACAUGUGCAUGUACCAGAGCCCCACCAUGAGCCUGUACAAGUAGGGCCCUCCGGGCGGGGCCGGGACGCCCGCCGCCCGCUCGCCGCGCACUGGGCCGCGGCGGCUCUGCUCGCGCCCAUUGCCGGCAAUGGGCGUCUCGGUGGGGUGAGCCCUCAGAGGAGAAUUCCUGUGUUUGAAACAGACUGCUUUUGUGUUACUGAAGUAUUUAAUAAGAAGCAUUUUGCACUCUGGAAAGUAUGUUUGUGUUGGUUUUUUAAGAAGUCUAAAUGAAGUUAUUAAUAACAGAAGCUUUAAGUUAAGUGCAUUGAUCAUAUGAUAUUUUUGGAAGCAUAAAAUUUUAAUUGUGACAGUUUCAACCUCUUUCAGUCCAUUGGGAAUGUAAAUAAAUGUGUCUUCUUUAUGGACCAAGGAUAUGAAAUCAUUUUUCCUUUGUAGCUAAUGGCUGCCUUGAGGAAGAAAUAUUUUGGUUUUAUUAAGAGACUACCUUCAACCCAGUUAUUAAAGUUGCAUUAAGUUUGAUUUAUUAAUUUUUUCCUCUAUAGCGCCGACUCCUGCAUGUCUACAAUUUAUGGAGUUUCUGCAGUAAUGAUCAGACAAGUACUUAAAUUCCCUAAUGGUGUUGUUUUCUAUUUGUUCUACCAUUGAGAUAAAUGAGUGAUUUUGUCAUAAACUGUCCAUUUUUGAUGUAAUUUUCAUGGGGGAGAUUAGCGUAUACAGCCCUUGACGCUCUUCAUUCAUAGUAACUGUCAGCCUACAGUUUUUUGGGGUUUUUUGAGACUCUCUAACUAUUUUAUGGAAUGGGGCACAGUAAAUCUUAUGAAAGCCUUAGAGUGAUAAAUGUCAUGCUGCACAAACAUAUGAUCCAUAGAAAAUAAAUUUGACAUAGAGAAUGGCUCACGAAGCCUCCCUGAAGAGGUGAAUUCGAUGGCUAAGACCGUCCAGAACUCAGGUUUGAUCAGUUAGUCAGCUCCCUCACUUUGACUUCACUAAAAAUAAAGACAGUGACAAAUCAGAUGUUUCCGUUGAUUGGUAGCAGCAGCUUUAUCCUCCUCCUGAUUAAAUGAGCAGAAAAUGAAUGUUUUCUUAGCUGACACCAUAGUGCGUCUAGACCACGUGGACGUUGUAGACUAGCCGCGUGGGUCGUGAACGGCAGCGUGCUGUUGUGGUUGCGGUCCUUCUGGAAUGACCUCCUAACCGUGCAGACAGAAAAGUGGUCAUAGAUGUACAGCAUAUGACUUCAAAAAACGAUGUCCAAAAUUCAUGGGGAGAAUCUUUCUUAACAAACCUGCAAUUUUUUUUUUAAGGGCAUUUUUACCCAUUGGUUUCUCAUUCCAUUUGCUAAUACCUAUUAGCUUUAUCAACUGUAGUAAGGUAGGAAAAUUUCUUCAUCUUGUGAUUUUUUUUUUUUCAUUUUUGAAAUGAAAGUGUGUAACUUCUGUGUAAGGUUUUGCUAAAUGCUUGGGUGGGGUGUUGAGCUGGGUACUGGCGGGUGCGGAGCCCCGAGCA